AUGACAGCAGCGGAGCAACAGGAGCAAUUGAUGGUGCUCGCAGAGGAGUAUCAGCAAGAGUACCCACAACAUAACUCCCAAGCUUUGUUAGAGAUCUCUAAACAGAUCCUUGGUUUGCUCGCAUUCUUGGAUCUACAUGACAAGAAGAGGAUGCUAACAUCUGAAGAUCUUAGUGCUAUAUCAAAUGAUCGGAGCAGAAUCCUUAAGGUACUCAAGGGGCAGAGGCGUAAAUUCAGAGAUUCUAUUGACAGGAGGUCACUUCUUGGAGCGGAAUUCGUCGAUUUCCUGAGUCUUCGAGAAAGUGCAGUUUUACAUCAGGACACACUUAAAACUGCACCUAUAAGGUGUGGAGGUGGUAUGUUCCAUUUUUUCUUCUUUACUUGUUUUGAUUUAGACCGUCUGAUCUUGGUCCAGAACACUAGAAUGCGUGUCGGUCAGGGAUACAGAAGAGGGAGGGAGAAGAUGUCAUCGAAGAAGAAGAACAAGGAGAAGAUGAUGCGGCGGAAAGAGGAGAAGAAAGAAGAACCAGAAACACCCAGGUAUUGUGAUCAUGCUAAGGAGUGUCGUGAAGAUCAAAACCCAGAUUAUGAACCUACAGAACUUGGUUCAUUUGAUGCAGUGGUACCUCCUGGGACUGAUUUGUGGUCUACUAUGUCCUUUGUAAUCUGUGUAAUUCUUGUAUCGCAAUGA